AUGCCUGCAAAUCCCAACAAAGUGAAGGCCAAGAAAUGUCAGAAGGCAUGUGUACGAUGUCGGGGUAUGAAAGUCAAGUGCUCUGGAUCAUACCCCUGCACACGAUGUACUCGCAAGAAGCAACACUGUCAAUUUCCUGCUGAGGAUGUGCGGGUCUCUGUAUCGGAGCGGUACCUUCGCCAUUUGGAAGAGCAAUUAUCAGAAAGGAAUAGUAGUUUGCAACAUCAGGAUACCUCAGGACAAAAUGAUCUUGUUGGCUCUCCGUAUGUUGGAGAAAGUGGAAUCGAUCUUCCUACGCCUCAUCCUCCUCAAUUUCUCUUAGAGGACCAACCAGCAGUGCGGUGGAGGGAGACUACACAUGUUCAAAAUUUGGACACUUCUUUACACACUCCUACUACAACUCAUCUGCAGCGAGAGCAGACGGGAGGAGGUUCCGAUUUAGAACAAGAUGGGCACCGAUCGCGGUUCUCUCGAAAUCCCCUCGUCGAUAGGGAUCCUUCAUUUGCCCAGACUCCUGACGGUCGAUUUUGGUAUAUGGGACCCACGUCAUCAUGGUCUUUCUGUCGCCGAGUUCUACGUCUCAUUGGCAGACGUGUGCUAGAAUCAAACUGCCCACCAGAUCCAUGGCACCUAGAUGGAAUGGCAUUCAAACUUCAGUGGCGACCCUUACCCCCAGAUGAAAUACCAGAUGUGACGAACCUUCCGCCACUCGAUUAUGCCUUGUUUCUUUUCAACACGGUUAAAUUCUACUUUGGAUUUCUAUCGUUCAUGAUUGAUGAAGAAGCUUACUUGCGAGACUUGCAUGAGUUUUACAAGGACCCACCUGCGAAAGCUGCCUCUGCGAGAUAUUGGUAUGUCCAAUAUCUUCUGGUUCUGGCGUUUGGAAAAGCGUUUCUUACGCACCGGAAUUCAUCUGGAACUCCCCCUGGCCACCAAUAUGCUUCAAGGGCAAUGGCGUUAUUACCAGAUCUAUCUGGGAUGCAUGAAGAUCCUUUGACAUGUAUCCAGGCGCUCAGUCUAGGGGCCGUGUAUUUGCAAUCCAUCGAUAUGAGAAGAGCAGCAUUUCAACACAUUGGUCAAGCGUUGCGCGGCUGCAUUAUUGAAGGAAUCCAUCGACAUGUUCCGGAGGAACUUGGAGGACCCCAACUCUCGAGCCGUUGUAGGACAAUAUUUUGGGUAGUUUAUAUGCUGGAUCGUGAAUUUUCGGCCCUGAUUGGGGCGCCAAGCUCCAUUCGAGACGAGGAUAUCACAGUCCGCCUACCUGCAGAUGUCGAGAACUCCGUAGAACACAUUAACCUUACAUUACAUGUGCGCCUCUCCAGAUUGAUGGCCCAAAUUCUGACAACGGUCUAUGGGGUUGGGGAUGAAUUCAAUGGAACUCUCAUUCGGAAUACUCAGUCGAUUCUCCACAGCAUGGCAGAAUUGUCGCAUGAUCUCACGGCCUUCCUAAACACCCACUUCCAUGGGCUUAUUAGCCGAGCUUCGAAGAUGGCAAUACGACUUAUGCUCGCCCAUCACCAUUGCAUCGUCCUCACCACAAGGCCUCUGGUGAUGUGCGCUCUCAAUAUGCACAUCGAACGUACUGAGAGACAAGCAUCUCAAAGUAUUGGCCUAUCCCCACCAGUCGCAUCCCUCCUUCAAUGCUGCGCAGACUCAGCCCAGACUAUACUUCAAACCCUUCAGACCCUCGCUGAUGACGACUUGUUGGAUGCAUUCCUACCGUUUCAAAUCGAAGAUGCCUCCUCUUCUGCCUUUGUUCUAUAUCUGAUUCGAGCAAUCGCGCCGUCGCUGAUUCAGCGCGAUACUUGGUGUGAUCACUUAAAUUGUGUCUUAGAAAAACUGAUUGCGAAGGGUAACCCCGCCGCGCCCCUCAGAAGACAGGAGCUAAGGCAGCUGGAGCAAAUUCUGGCGCCCUUGACCCCUAGAUCUACAUCGAGUCCGCUUCCACCUGUGACUCUUCAUCGGGAAACAGAUGAAAGUGAAGACACGUAUGGAUUAGAUUCAGUUGAUGUAGGAGACGGUUUUGAAUGGGAUUUGUUAGGACUCAACUCUUCGGUUAGCUUACCCCCAAGGGAGCUGUUGGACCUUGCAGACCAACUGGACGUUGAGAGUAUCAUGCACUCGGUUGGAUCUUAUGUUGGUUGA